AUGAUCUAAAAGCUGAUGAGCCUUUUCAUUAUCUUUGCGCAGACCAAGGUAAAUUCUUAUAACCUAAUCUAUUAAGACUUCUGUGUUAGAAACAGGCUUAUUCUGAAUGAGAUCUAUACUUCUAGUAAGCCAUAUUUUACAUAUGGUAUAGAAAAGAAUUCUUUAAAAAUUGUAAGAAUAAACUAAGUUGUACUCAUAUUUUAUUUGUAGCAAGACAACUACAUUCUGAGUUAAAUGUCAUUAUCUUGUGGAAAAAUAGAAAAUGAAGCAAUAGCCAGCAGCUUUAUAGCAAAUAGAUUACUCCUUAAUGUAUCUUUAUAUGAGAACGGGAUUAUGAGAGUAGUUGUUGAUGAGAUCGGCUCAGAUACCAAAAGGUUUAGAUUUACUUAGCAUGACUAAGGAACAACAGUUGUUGAACACUAAUUAAUUAAUGUAGAUAUUAAGGAAAUCUCAAAGAUAAAUAAGAAUAAUAUUGAAAUAUUGUAUAGUAGUAAAGAUGGCUUAGACAGUUACAACUAUACUAUACAGUUCGAACCCUUUAGAAUAUUUUAAGUUGUAAAUAAUGUGACAACAAUCAUAGUUAAUCAUAAUGAUACCUUCAUGUUUGAGAGCUACAGCGGAUUUAUGAAUGACAGAGUUACAGAAGAUAAAAUCAAAAAAGAGUGCUUGCUUCCUUUAUUUCAAAAAUAAGAUAAUGGAACAGUGUGGAAAUACUUUGGUGGCUUUAAUCUGAAAGAAUUUUUAUGGAUUUGGGCCUUUCAGUACAAGAGAAUUAAUGAAGAAAUAUAAAAAGCUAAAUAUAGGGAAGACAAAGAACCUUAUCGACUAUAUAACACAGAUUUAUAUAAUAGAACAGAAAAUAGAAGAACAAAUCUAUACAGCAGUGUUCCCUUCAUCGGAGCUCAUUCAAAAGAUCAUGAUGAAGGAAUUGUAAUGACUAAUCCAGCUGACACGUAUGUGGAUAUUUAUGAAAUGAGAUUAGAUUAAAGCUAAUCAGAAUAGAAAAGCUAUGUUAAUUUUUUUACAGAAUCUGGAGUACUUGAGUUUUUCUUAUUUGGAUCAGCAGUCUAGAAAACUAAAGGUACUCAUUAAAACUCCCCUUAAAGAGUUUCAAAUUUGUUCUCUACUAUUUUUGGCUAUAUACCUCUGCCCCCAUUUUUUUCACUUGGUUUUCAUUAUUCAAAGUGGGAAAAAAAUGUAUAUGAAUUGAUACUUAGACACAAUUUAGCAUUUGACUAAGCUGCAAUUCCCGUAGAUGUGUUUUGGAUGGAUAUUCAAUAUGCUAAUGGCUUUAGAUAUUUUUAAUUUGACCCUAAUAUGACUCAUUAACUUGAAGAGAUUAAGGAGAAUGCAAGGAGAGAUGGAAGAAGAUUAGUUGUGAUAACAGACCCACAUAUGAAAGUAGACUACGAUUUCAAACCAUUUAAAGAAGGAUUAGAAAUAGAACAAAACACUCAUCAAUAAUUCAACAGCAAAGCUAGUAUUUUCAUAAAGAAUUAAUACAAUCAGAUUUAUAAAGGUAGAUGCUGGCCAAAUAUGAGUGUCUGGAUUGACUAUCUAAAUCCUCAUGGUCAGGAAUACUGGGCAAGAUAAUAUAAAUAUGAGAAUUUUUAGGGUACAGAUGAUUAAUUCAAUGUAUGGAUUGAUAUGAAUGAGCCAGCUAUAUUCGAUAGAGAAGAUAAAGCAAUGGUUAAAAAUAAUAUACAUAAAUUAGGGGAUGGAUCUUCAGUUUUGCAUAGAGAUAUUCAUAAUGCUUAUGGUCUUUUAAUGGCAAAAGCUACAUAUUAAGGCCUACUAGAAAGAGAUAAUCACAACUAAAGACCAUUUAUACUCACAAGAUCAACUUUUGUCGGAGGUCAUAAAUUUUCUGCAAAAUGGACAGGGGACAACAGGUCAACAUUCUAAGAACUAAGAGUUUGUAUUUCCUAGAUGUUUACUUUUGGAAUGUCUGGAUUUGCUUUCAUUGGAGCAGAUGUACCUGGAUUUGAUGGAGUUCCUUCUGAAGAACUCUACUUCCUUUUCUACCAACUAGGUGGAUGGUUUCCAUUUUUCAGAUCUCAUAGUAUAUAUAGUGCCUACUAGCGUGAACCUUAUUAACAACCAUACUGGAUUUAAGAUUCAGUCAGGCAGACAAUCUUAAUCAGAUAUGCUCUAAUUCAUUACUAACCUACUUGGUAUAACUAUCCAUCUGACGAAAGAUUAUUUAACUUGGAAACUUAAUUCAUGAUAGGAGAAGAUAUACUUGUUUGUCCUAAAAUAAAAAACAAAUAUCCACUUUAGCAAUACUUUAUAGAUGCUUCUGAUAAUUAAUGGAAAGUUAAUUGCACAUUACCUGAAGGUGAUUUAUGGUACAACUAUCUCAGUAAGGCUACAUUCCAGGGAGAUUCCAAAUAAACAACCAAAACUUACCUGAGGGACGAGCAAGCUGCAUUUAUUAGAGGUGGAACUAUAUUGCCCCUCAGAGUUUAGGGAAGUGCAAUGUCCUUAUUACAAGGAAUGGAAAAUGACAUUAAUUUGGAAAUAUAUCUUGAUGAAGAUGAUUAUGCUGAGGGCUAAUUAUAUCUCGAUGACGGAAUAUCAUUUGACUAUCAGAAAAGUAAUGAAAAAGUUAUCAUUCAAUACAAAUUUGAAAACAAUAUACUAACAUCUGAAGUUUUAAAUAACGAAGGAUUUUAUCUGAAUGCAACAACAAAGAAAAUUUUCAGUGUGACUCUUUUCAGCCAUACAACUAAAUACAUUAAUGCAACAAGACUUGUAAAUUCUAACGAGAUAAAUGAUUUUUCACAUGCAACUUAAAACAUUCAAAUACUCUAAAAUGAUUCGGAUUAAGCUGCAUCUAGCACAGUUAAAUCUAAUAUAAGUAACUAAGAGAGUACUCCCUCUUCGUAAAAUUAAACCAAUAAUGGAAUUGGAGCUGGAGAAUACCUAAAGUUAAAUGCAAAGAUUGAUGAAUUAUUAGUGGAAUUUGAAGAAUCAAACGGUAGUAAGGCUAAUUAGUUGCUUGUGCUUUAUGUGUAUAUAAAUGUGGACAAUAUAGAAAGAUAAUAAAGCAGUAACAGUAAGUCAGGUCCAAUUAAAAUAAUGGAAUUCAUUGAAAGUAGCUGA